AUAUAAAGCCCUUCUUCCACCGCGCACCGCACCGUUCGCACGCGCACUGACACUGUUCUUUGUCUUUCUCCCUUGCGGCUACGGAGGGCUUGCUCUUUUUUUUUUUUUGACCUUUCCAGAUCGGAGACGCUCGCUGGUUUCAUGGAGGGAUUGUCGGCCGGCGACCACAAGCGGCGGCGCGAGGAGUUCGAAGCUGGGUCGCCGGAAGCGAAGCGCUUCCUGCUCGACAUGCUCGACGACGAUGCGGAGGCGGGGGAGCAGGAUCUCGCCUCCAUAAUGAAGAGCCUCGAGCAGGAAAUCGCCCUCCCCUCUCCGCCGCCAGUGCAGGCGCCUGCGGACCGCCCCGAUCUGGAGUUUCUGCUCGAGGCCUCCGACGACGAGCUAGGCCUGCCGCCUCCUUCGGAGGAGGAGAUCGCUGGCGCCGGAGAAUUAGAGGAACCUGAGUUGGGAGAGCUUUGGGGGUUUGACGCCGACGACGGCGGCGGCGGCGGCGGCGGCAUUCUAGGGUUCGAGGGUUUCGAGUGCGGGAUGCUGCCGGAGGAGGAGAAGGUGGAGGAAGGCGGAGUGCCGUUCGAAGAGGGACUGUUUGAGUACGCCGACGUAGCGGGCUGCGGGUCGUCCGAUUUCGCAGAUCUCUCGUGGCAGCCGGAGACGUUGCCCGCCGUCUGAUGGGUGGCGGAUGUUUUUUGCCCUUGUUUUUUUUACCUUCCACACAUCCUCCUUGAUGUGGAUGUUGGAGGUGGUUGAUGUAGAGGCUUCACGAAAAGGUUUUGAUGAAUCCAGAACAUGACAAGGAAGGGAAAAAAAAAUUUGGGUGAUAAAAUUUUUCAA